UCCACCUCCACCAUCCCAUUUGUCAGCAGCACUCGCCAUCCAUGUAUGUAUAAAGAGCAAGCAGCCUGGCAGCGAUGACAUCACUUCAGCAGCGAAAUCGAUCUCGCACAACUUCAUCGUGGCGUUUAGAGCAAGUUUACGCAAGAUGACCAACUUCAAGGUGGACAUCGUCAGCGACACCGUAUGCCCAUGGUGCUACGUGGGAAAGAAGCGUUUGGAAAAGGGUAUCGCGGCCUACAAGGAGAAGCACCCGGACUCCAAUGACACUUUUUCAACCAGCUGGUACCCCUUCUACCUCAAUCCUGAUGCGCCAAAGAGUGCCGACAAGCAACAACUGUACGAGUCGAAAUUUGGCAAAGAGCGCACAGCAAUGAUGCAAGAGCGACUCUCGCAGAUUGGCAAAGACGAGGGCAUCAACUUCAAGUACGGCGGCAAGACUGGAAACACACGCGAUUCACACCGACUUGUGCAACUUGGAAAGACCAAGGGCCCGCAGAUGCAGACUCGCGUAAUCGAAGAGCUCUUCGCCGCGUAUUUCGAGAAUGAGAAGGACAUUACGACCCAGGAGAUCCUUACCGAGGCUGGAGUCAAGGCCGGGCUUGAUGAGAAAGAGAUUAAGGAUUGGUUGGAGACAGGCAAAGGAGGACCUGAAGUUGACAAGGAAGUGCAGCAGGCGCGCCGACAACAGAUUACAGGCGUUCCCAACUUUACCAUUAACGAUCAGUUUGAGAUUGGAGGUGCGCAGGAACCUGAGGCUUUUGUUCAGUUGUUUGAGCGGUUGAAGAGGCAAGAGGGUAACCUAUAGGUGGUUUGAUGUACAAUACCCAUCCGCGAAUGUAAACUUCUACGUUUUCUCCAGAAUACAGCAUGAACUGUGACGAUAUGAAUAAGAGGGAAGUUGGUGUAUCGGAUUAUCAAUGUGUAAGCAGCCUGGGAUGAAGGAAAUGCGAGUUCUGGUGUCGCGGUCCGUCGUAUCGCUCCGAUGACGAACUCGUGGACACAUGC